AUGGACCAAUUUGAUGUCGCAGUUGUUGGCCUCGGAGUCCUCGGAAGUGGCGCCGCAUAUUACGCUGCUAAGAAGGGUGCCAAGGUCAUCGCUUUCGAGCAAUUUGAAUUAGGCCAUGUUCAUGGUGCUUCUCAUGAUACCUCACGCAUCGUUCGAACUUCAAAUUUUACCCCGGAAUUGGUUGCACUUGCAAAAUCAGCAUACAAAGAUUGGGCCGAGCUUGAAAAAGCCGCCGGUCAAAAGUUGUUGACCAUUACUGGCGGCGUGGUUUUCUUCCCCGAGGAGCCAAAUGCGCCCGCUCUUGCGAGUGACUUCACCAAGAGCCUCGAUACAAACGACGUACCUUAUGAACUUUUAGAUUCUCGAGAAGUGAAGGACCGAUGGCCGCAGUUUCAGAUUCCCGAAAAUGUCUCUACAGUGUACACAGCCGACACCGGCAUCGCACAUGCUUCUCGAGCAGUGAGCACCUUCCAGACACUAGCGCGUACCCAUGGAGCUAUUCUCAAGGAUCAAACCCGAGUGGACCGCAUCAUACCGAAGGCUGCGGGUACUGGUGCGGUUGUGAUCAAAACUUCAAAAGGACAAUUCCAAGCCGCCAAAGUUAUCCUUGCCACCGAUGCGUGGAUCAAUAAGCUACUUGGCCCCUUGGGCACACAUAUCCCAGUGUCUGUGAUGCAAGAGCAGGUUACAUACUUCAAGCCUACCGAAUCAGCAAAUUUCGAGUCCGACCGUUUCCCCGUCUGGAUAUGGAAUGGUGCAACGUGCUACUACGGGUUUCCCUGUUACGGAGAGCCGACUAUUAAGGCUGCUCGAGAUACUUCCAAUAAUUUUAUGACGCCAGAGCAGCGUACGUAUGUUCACUCGCCAUACCUGCUCAAUCAACUUUCGACCUUCCUAGGGAGCUUCAUUCCGGACAAAGCACGUCAAACGCUCCGCACCGUGACCUGCCAAUAUUCGAUUACUCCGGACCGACAAUUUGUUAUUAGCCCUCUUGAGAACCACCCCGACAUCAUUGUGGGCCUGGGCGCAGCUCAUGCUUUUAAGUUUGCUCCUGCAUUUGGCCGUGUACUAGCCGAACUUGCGGUGGAUGGCACUACCAAGGAAGAUAUAUCGAAGUUUGGUAUUCCGACAUCCGCUACUCAUAGCAGCAAGCUUUAG